UUGACGAUGUGCGAGAAAGGUUUUUGUGUUCGUAUGGGCUGAUUGAGUUGAUUGCUCGGUAAAUUCCAUAUGUGCAAGAUUUGUUCCGCUCUCCCCUGCACUCUGCCCUUAUAUUUAUACAGCAGAUGUAGAAGCUAGAGCGAGGGAGAUCGCUCUCACUCAGUCUCACCAAUAAGUCUAGCCAUGGAUUACUCUGCUCUGCUGCAACCUACAUCUAUCUGGUUGCUCUUCGUGCUGCCUGUGUUGUUUUCGCUGGGUUUGUUAGCAAGUUCGUCACUGAGGAAACUACCGUAUCCACCGGGACCAAAGGGACUACCCAUCAUCGGGAACAUGAACAUGAUGGACCAGCUCACUCACCGUGGACUCACUAAACUCGCCAACCAUUACGGUGGUCUCUUACGACUCCGUCUGGGUUUUCUCCACAUUGUGGUGGUGUCCACCCCUUACAUGGCUCGCCAAGUCCUCCAAGUCCAAGACAACAUCUUCUCCAAUCGCCCAUCCAAUAUCGCCAUUAGGUACCUCACCUAUAACCGAGCCGAUAUGGUCUUCGCCCCCUACGGUCGCUUCUUACGUCAGAUGCGUAAGAUCUGCGUCACAAGACUCUUCAGUCGCAAAAGAGCCGAGUCCUGGAAGUCCGUCCGAGACCAGGUGGAGUUCAUGAUCCGCACAGUGGCGUCCAAGGCCGGAGAGCCCGUCAACAUCGGAAACCUCGCCUUCUCCCUUGCUAUGAACAUCACAUACAGGGCCGCCUUCGGGUCGGAUAUCCUGGAGGGUCAGGAGAAGUUCGUGUCCAUAAUGCAGGAGUUCUCGAAGCUCUUCGGCUCUUUCAACUGGGCCGAUUAUAUUCCCUGGAUCGGCUGGUUCGACCCACAAGGACUCAACCAGAGACUCGUUAAGGCGCGCAAAUCGCUCGAUGUGUUCAUUGACAAGAUCAUAGAUGAACACAUUGCCAAGAGGAAGAGCAGCAGCCUAUCCGACGACACUGAUAUGGUGGAUGAUCUACUUGCUUACUACGAUGAAGAAACCAAGAAGAGAUUCGAAUCGGACGACUUAAAAGCUCCCAUUAUUCUAAAUCGAGAUAACAUCAAGGCCAUCAUUAUGGACGUGAUGUUCGGGGGAAUAGAAACGGUGGCGUCGGUGAUAGAGUGGACCAUGGCGGAGCUGAUGAAGAGUCCGGAUGACCUGAAGAGGGUUGAACAAGAAAUGGAGGAUGUAGUAGGGUUGGAGAGGAAACUUCAGGAGAAGGAUAUAGAGAAGCUUAACUACUUCAGAUGCGCAGUGAAAGAAACCCUCCGCCUCCACCCACCGGUCCCGCUCCUCCUCCACGAGACCGCGGAGGACGCGGAGGUGGGAGGCUAUGCCAUCCCAAAAGGUGCACGAGUGGUUAUCAACGCUUGGGCCAUCGGGAGGGACAAGGAUUCAUGGGAUGAGCCUGAGAAGUUCAAGCCGUCUCGGUUCCUGAUGGAGGGUGCUCCGGACUUCAAGGGGUGCGACUUCGAGUUCGUGCCGUUCGGGUCGGGUCGAAGGUCAUGCCCGGGUAUGCAGUUGGGGAUGUACGCAUUAGAGUUGGCGGUGAGUCACCUCCUACACUGUUUCAGGUGGGAGUUGCCGGACGGGAUGAAACCCAAUGAGAUUGAUAUGAACGAUGUCUAUGGACUCACCGUUCCCAGAGCUGUUCGACUUGUAGCUGUACCCACUCCUCGACUCACCUGCCCUCUCGUUAUGAGUUCUGAGUUCUGAAUUCUGACCCAGCUGUGGCUCCGAUUUCCCAGUGACUUGGAAGAGAGCGAGUCUGAGACUGUGCGACGGACUCCAACAUCCAAGUUAAUCUUCUUCUCCAUGAGUCCAUGGCUGGUCUCGACGGUCCAUCCAUUUUUAUUCAAAUUCUUUCAUCGUUUAUUUUGUGUUUUUGUUUUCGUUAUGAAACGAAAGAAGAAUGAGGCAGAGUGAAAGUUUUGAUGUACCAGAAUCUGUCAAUCCCGGUCGGCUGUGUUUUUUCUAGCUCAAAAAAUAGAAAAAGUGUCUUUGCAUGGCCA